CCGCCUAAAAAAGCAUCUCCUCUUGACUCUGGCGAUGGUGAAAAUGAAGACUCAGCCAAGACCAUUGAACGAAGCCUAGCCAGGAAAGCUAAACUGGUACGCUUCCUAGACCCCAAAUGCGCCCAAAGCUUGUCUAUCCUGCUGGGCUCUCUAAAGGUGCCGUACGCGGAUCUGCGUUCAAGGAUAAUGGGUGUUCGUGAGGACCUUCUGAACCCCAACAUGAUUGAACAGUUGUUGAAGGCGCUUCCAGAGCCGGGCGUUAUGAACCAAAUUGUUGCCGUCUCAAACGAGUAUGACGACCUUGCUGAACCUGAACAGUUUUGUUGUCAAGUUGGCACCAUUAAGAAGUUAGUUCCGCGGCUCCAAUCGAUCCUGUUUAAACUGCGUUUUACCGAAAAAAUUGCCGAUAUAAAACCGGGCAUUGUGGCUGUCACGGAGGCGUUGAAAGAGCUGAACACAAGCAAGCACCUGAUGCGUGUCAUCGAGAUGGUCCUGCUUUUGGGCAACUACCUCAACUCCGGUUCGCGGAACGCCCAGUCUGUCGGCUUUCAAAUAUCCUUCCUUCCUAAACUGAGUGGUACGAAGGACAUUUACGGCAAGUCCACCCUAAUGCACUUCGUUCUGCGUGCCAUAGAGGCCAAAUUCCCGGACACGGUGCAAGGCCUGCUUACUGACCUGUCUUACAUAGAUAAGGCGUCGCGGUUCUCGGAGGACACUGCAAAGAUGCUUAUAGCCGAGAUGAAGAAGUCGGCAUCCAAUUUGGAGACUGAUUUGCGUACUUACCAGAGCCAGGGCGAGGAUGACGCCUUCCCCAGCGUUAUGCAGUCCUUCCUUGAGGAGGCCAAGCUGGAGAUAGACAAAGUGGAGAAUAUGUUCAAGCUGAUGCAGGAGCGGUUCGACGAGGGGAAACAGAAGAAACUGCGGGACGAGCGCGCGGAACGGGAGAAACAGCAGGCGGCAAUGCGCAUGAGCGGCGUUGCAGCGGGCAACCGCAAGCCUACCGAGGACGACGGCAACGUUAUCGAUACCCUCAUGGAGAGGCUGAAAACGGGCGCUGUCUUCAGUCCCGGCAUUGCUGGUCCGCCUCGGCGACCACGUGCACGUGGCAUGGCGGCAGCCAAUCAGAAUUCACCUCUCGCCCAGGAACUCCGGCAAAAACUUGUUCGCCAGCGAUCGCGACGCUACUCACCAGCCCAGGGUGCUCAGCUGUGUGAUGCCUGA